GAAGUGGUCUCGGUCAAGCGCAGUCGGUGUGUGUUUGUGUCCGCGUUUGCGCUUCGCCGCAUUGGGUUCGAGCUUCAGAAUGGGCCGGGGUCUUCGCUCGCUCGCACUGUAAUGCGGAGAGGAGGACGCGCCAGGGGAAGCGGUUUUAUUGAUGCUGCGGGGAUUUGUGUCGGAGGAGCGGGCUAGCUCACUGCGCUAGCUCGAGUCAGGAUGAUUCGCUGGAUCCGACAGCAGCUGGGCUUCGACCCUCCCCAUCAGAGUGACACACGCACAGUUUACAUAGCAAACAAGUUCCCACAGCAUGGCCAUUAUAUUCCUCAGAGGUUUUCAGACAACAGGAUCAUUUCCUCCAAGUACACCAUAUGGAACUUCAUCCCCAAGAAUUUGUUUGAGCAGUUCAGAAGAAUCGCCAAUUUUUAUUUUCUCAUUAUCUUCUUGGUUCAGUUAAUGAUAGACACACCCACUUCCCCUAUAACUAGUGGACUUCCCCUGUUUUUUGUCAUCACAGUAACUGCCAUCAAACAGGGAUAUGAAGACUGGCUGCGGCACAAAGCUGACAAUGAAGUGAACGGAGCACCUGUGUUUGUCGUGCGCAGCGGCAGUCUGGUCCAAACCCGAUCCAAGAAUAUCAGAGUGGGUGAUAUUGUGAGAGUAGCCAAAGAUGAGACGUUUCCUGCAGAUCUGGUGCUCUUAUCAUCAGAUCGGGCCGAGGGGACGUGCCACAUCACCACUGCCAGCCUAGACGGAGAGACUAACCUGAAGACGCACUAUUCGGUGCCAGAAACGGCGGUGUCACAGUCGGUGUCGCGGCUGGAGUCUCUGCAGGCGGUGGUGGAGUGCCAGCAGCCCGAGGCAGACUUAUACAGGUUUGUCGGAAGAAUAACAGUAACCCAACAAGGAGAGGAGAUAGUCAGACCCUUAGGACCAGAGAACCUCCUGCUUCGAGGAGCAAGAUUAAAAAACACCAAAGAAAUCUUUGGUGUGGCGGUAUAUACGGGCAUGGAGUCCAAGAUGGCUCUGAACUACAAGUGCAAAUCCCAGAAACGCUCUGCAGUAGAGAAAUCCAUGAAUACAUUUCUCAUCAUUUACUUGGGCAUUCUGCUGUUUGAAGCCAUCCUCAGCACCAUUUUGAAGUACGCCUGGCAGGCAGAGAACAAGUGGGACGAGCCAUUUUACAAUCAGAAGACCGAUCAGGAGAGAAACAGCAGUCAGAUUUUGAAGUUUAUUUCUGACUUCCUGGCUUUCCUGGUGUUGUACAACUUCAUAAUCCCUAUCUCGCUGUACGUGACCGUUGAGCUGCAGAAGUUUCUGGGCUCUUUUUUCAUUGGCUGGGACUUGGACCUGUACCAUGAAGAGAGCGACCAGAAGGCUCAAGUCAACACAUCAGACCUCAAUGAGGAGUUGGGACAGGUGGAGUACGUUUUCACAGACAAAACUGGAACCCUUACUGAGAACGAGAUGCAGUUUAGGGAGUGUUCUAUCAACGGUAUCAAAUACCAGGAGAUCAACGGGAAGCUUGUCCCUGAAGGAAUGACAGAAGACUCUCCAGAUGGAUCAGUGCCUUGUUUGAACAGGGAGGAGGAGUUGUUCCUGAAAGCCGUCUCACUGUGUCACACGGUGCAGAUCAGUUAUGAUCAAACGGAUGGGCCGGGAGACCCGUUCUCACAUGCCAAUGGCUUCUCUCCUCAGAUGGAGUAUUACGCCUCUUCUCCUGAUGAGAAAGCACUAGUGGAAGCCACCAAGAGGGUGGGUGUCACAUUUAUAGGAAGCCAUGGAGAAAACAUGGAGAUUAAAACAUUUGGAAAAGCAGAGAAAUACAAACUCCUCCACGUUCUGGAGUUUGACGCAAACCGCAGAAGAAUGAGUGUGAUUCUGCAGAAGCCCUCAGGUGAAAAGGUGCUAUUCACGAAAGGAGCCGAAUCAGCCAUUCUGCCCUACACCACGAGUGGCGAGAUCGAUAAAACCAGAGUCCACGUGGAUGAGUUUGCUCUGAAGGGUUUGCGGACGUUAGUGGUGGCCUGCAGACACUUCAGUGCAGAUGAGUAUCAGGAAGUGGACCGGCGGCUCCAUGAAGCCAGAACGGCUCUGCAGCAGAGAGAGGAACGACUGGUCGAGGUCUUCAGCUUCAUCGAGAAAGACCUGGAGCUGCUGGGAGCGACUGGGGUGGAGGACAAGCUGCAGGACAAGGUCCAGGAGACGAUUGAAGCUCUGCGACUGGCUGGAAUCAAGGUGUGGGUGUUGACCGGUGACAAGCAUGAGACGGCGGUUAGCGUGAGCCUCUCCUGCGGUCACUUCCACCGCACCAUGAACAUCCUGGAGCUCGUGCAGCAGAAAUCAGACAACGAGUGCGCCGAGCAGCUCCGCAGACUGGACCGGAGGAUCAAGGAGGAUCAUGUGAUCCAGCACGGGCUGGUGGUGGAUGGGGCCAGUCUGUCUCUGGCUCUGCGGGAGCAUGAGAAACUCUUCAUGGAGGUGUGUAAGAACUGCUCGGCGGUGCUCUGCUGCAGAAUGGCACCUCUCCAAAAAGCCAAGGUGGUGAGACUGUUGAAGACUUCUCCUGAGAAGCCUAUUACAUUAGCCAUUGGAGACGGAGCCAACGAUGUCAGUAUGAUCCAGGAGGCUCACGUUGGUAUUGGAAUCAUGGGCAAAGAAGGAAGACAAGCCGUGAGGAACAGCGACUAUGCAAUCGCGAGGUUCAAGUUCCUCGCCAAAUUGCUGCUUGUACACGGCCAUUUCUACUACAUUAGAAUAGCAACCCUUGUGCAGUACUUUUUCUACAAGAAUGUGUGCUUUAUCACUCCCCAGUUUUUAUACCAGUUCUUCUGUUUGUUCUCACAGCAAGCGAAGCACAAUAAAUGCGGUCUUGCUUUCGGAGCUGAAUGUCAGCUGUUUGGGUACGCAGUCGUGGUAGACCAAAUCAGCAGAAGUUGGUUAAGUCUGGUGCAUCCACAUGUUCUGCAGAGCAAACCAGCACUUUACAGAGACAUCAGUAAAAAUUCCCUGCUGUCCUUCAAAACCUUUUUGUACUGGACCUUCCUGGGCUUCUGCCACGCCUUCGUCUUCUUCUUCGGCUCCUACAUCCUGAUGGGAGAAGACACCACGCUGAUGGGAAACGGACAGAUGUUUGGAAACUGGACGUUUGGCACUUUAGUAUUCACUGUGAUGGUUAUUACGGUUACGCUGAAGCUGGCCAUAGAGACACAUUUCUGGACGUGGAUGAAUCACUUUGUCACAUGGGGCUCCAUCGCCUUCUACUUCAUCUUCUCCUUGUUUUAUGGCGGCAUCAUCUGGCCAUUUCUUCACACGCAGGACAUGUACUUCGUCUUUGUUCAGCUGCUGUCCAGCGGCUCGGCCUGGUUUGCCAUCAUCAUCAUCGUCAUCACCUGCCUGUUUCCAGACGUCAUCAAGAAGGUCUUCUACAGGCACCUGCAGCCGACCAGCACGCAGAAAUCUCAGUUUACUGAGGCCUACCAGGGCAUCGGAUGCGUGGACUCCAUGUGCUGUUUCUCAGAGGGGCAAAACGCCUGCUCACGGCUGGGCCGGCUGGUGGAGCGAAUGAUGGGCCGCUGCGACCCUGCUCGGGCCACCAGAUCUUGGAGCGACUCGGGCACCUUCUUCUCCAACGACCGGAGCAUCCUGACGCUCUCACCCAUGGAGGUCUCUCAUUGUUAAUGCACCAGCCCAAAAAGGAUCAGCUCAUAGAGUCUGGAGACACCUGCCCUUUACCCCGUCCCCCUGCCCUUGUCCAGUCACCAGCCAGACUGUCACACUUUAAAAGCUCUGAGUAUCACAUCAUAUGUGAUCAGCAACAAGGGACAGGCAGUGGCUCCUGCAAAAACCAAAGGAUUUGUGUGUCUUGAGUUUCCGCUGCUAGUAAAUCCACGGAACUGUACGCGAAGGGCCGCCAUCUUUCCUGAGGAAAACGAGGGGGUCUGUUUGAAGCCAUAUUUCCCUCUUUUAAUUGCCUGAUUUUCAAGGUAUUAAAUGUAAGCACCGUGUAGCGCUAGCUCACAAACCUGUAGCCUCCUACCCUAAGAUGCCUACCUGUACACCCAGCCUGAGUUGUGGUUCGUACAGACAAUCAUGAUGCAAGAAUGUCACGAUGGAGUUCUUGAUGGAAAACUCGCAUAUCAUCCUUGAACUCGAUCACUUUAUCCUCCAUCAGUCAUGUGCCUGCAUAUUAUUUCUCGUUUCCUCUGUCUCGCACAUGCUAUGUUGUCAUUUCUAACCAUUGUCACCGGUUAAUUUAUCAUUGUUGCCGUGUUCCUUGUUUUUCUGCUUGUGUUGCUAACCACUCGUCAAAGCUGUAUGAUUUUUUAUUUUUCGUUUGCGUGUGUAUGCGUGUGUGUAUUUAAUCGCAUACUAGGGCAUAGUCGAAGGAAAAGGUAUGAAAUUCAUCCUACAUGGGCCGUGGGUUAUUGUAAGGCCAGAGCAUUGAGACAACCGUUUUAAACUUGCUUAGAUCAACUAUAUUGAAGUUUAUGAUAUCAGACUGCAUGCUGCACUUGGGUCAAUCUGUCUCAAUAACCCUAAGUCAACUGGACCUAAAUGCUCCCGAUUUGAGGAGUCUAGUCUUGGGAUUUGUCUUUAUUUUUGCUGCAAAGGCCGUGACGCCCUGGAUCUCACAGGUAUCGGCUGAAAUCUGGUGCCGUGACCCGGGUGGCAGUUGGGAGUCAGAUUUUAUGAUGGAGUAUGUUUACGUUUUGAAUUGUGGAUUACUCUAUUUUGGUACUUCUUCUCUGUAGUCUUUAUUUGUAUAUCACUUUUUUCAUGUCAAUGUUCAAACCCAAAAUGACUCCUGACCGCUGAUCAUUACUAUUUCAGAUCUUGUUGAAAUCCAACGGCGGAAGUGUUUUGCUAUAUAAUGUAUUUUCUUGGAUUAUAUAGCAACGCAGUAUGCCACUUGUUACUCAGAGACAUUAGCAAUAAGACUCAAUCUAGACUGGAAAUACCUGAUCUAGCUGUGAUGUCAGUCAUCCAUGUUGCGUUUUCAUCUUUUUUUGUGUAAACAUAUGUUCUUCUAAUUGUACUCUCCUUACAGUGAACAUGUUUAAUUGCCGAUGUUUAUGAAAGUUCUAUUUACAGAAUAAAUACCUUUAUAAAA